AUGAUUUCUACUGAAGUGUCAGUAAGCGAUUAUAUCAGUAAUUUUCGAGUUAGUGAUAACGAUGGCCAAGAAUUACGUGCAUUAGAUAGUAUAUCAUUCAAUAACUAUAAUUGUUUGUCUACCAGCGACAACUGUAUUCCCUGCGAUUCAACAUAUAAUAUUGAUCCACGAGUUUAUAUUGCUGAUAAAAGUGAAUUUGAUAGAUAUUUGCCUGGCUUCAACGGCUUGAAAAACGACACAAUCAAUGGCAAUCAAUAUUGUGCAUCUAAUAAUGCUAAUCCACAAUUAUUUAAACAAUUUACUUUUCAAAAUACUCAAGUACAAUCAAAAACAAAUUCAAUUCCACUCUCACAAUCAAUUCAAGUCACAUUACCAAAAAAACCCAAAGAUCCAUUGCAUAUAAUUCGAAUUGUUUAUGAUUUAGAAGAGACUCAUCGACCACGAUAUAAAAGUGAUUGUUUUUCUCAACAUGGGACGAUACUAGCCCGCAUUUAUGGUUAUAUUCGAAUCGACUGGACAACAAUUCCGGAUAAGAAUGGUAUUCGAUAUUCAAUGCCUUACAAAUUUCAAGAAGACAAUGAAUCGUCUGAUGUAUCUGAUCGUAAUCCAGUCUAUCGACGUAUUACCCCUGAAGAUCUUGGAAUAAUAAAACUUUAUUUAGUUUUAAUUAAAUCAAAACAAGAAGAAUUAAAAAAGAUUCAAUCAAUGGAUAUAUUUCCUCCAUCUGAACACACAUUAAAAACAACGGAUCAUAACGAUUUUGAACAAAAAUAUUCCCGAGCACCAAAACAACUGAUUCGAGAUUAUCAACCAGAUAAAUCCCAAUUAGCAUUUACAUUUCGUUCGAUAAGUCCAGACGGACAGCAGCUUAUACCUGAAUGGGAUACAACUGUUUAUUCAACAGUUCUUACGGAAGAGAUGCCUAUUGCUUCAAAAAAACGAGCAGCUACUUGUCCAAUGUGUCAACAUGCGUUUGAAAUUACAUUAGAUAAUGCUGAUGAUCUUGAUUAUGAAAAACCAAAACGACGAAAAAAAUAG